AAGGGAGAGGCCGUGAGGGCGGGGUCACGAGGGACGGAGGGAGCGUGCGACAGAAGAGGGUCCCAGGCCCGAGUGGCUGAGGUUGGGGUCGCUCCGUCUUUUACGCCUUCGGAAGGAGAUGCGGGUGCCCAUGGCUUUGCAGGGCGUCUCGGUCGUGGAACUGGCCGGCCUGGCCCCAGGCCCGUUCUGCGGUAUGGUCCUGGCGGACUUCGGGGCGCAGGUGGUGCGUGUGGACCGGCCGGGCUCCCGCGGCGACCUGAGCCGGAUGGCCAGGGGCAAGCGCUCGCUGGCCGUGGACCUGAAGCGGCCGCGGGGAGCGGCGGUGUUGCGGUCGCUGUGCGCCCGGGCGGAUGUGAUGCUGGAGUCCUUCCGCCCUGGUGUGAUGGAAAAACUCCAGCUCAGCCCAGAGAUUCUGCAGAAGGAGAAUCCAAAGCUUAUCUAUGCCAGGUUGAGUGGAUUCGGCCAAUCAGGAAGAUUCUCUAGGGUAGCAGGACAUGACAUCAACUACUUGGCUUUGUCAGGUGUUUUAUCACGAAUUGGCAGGAGUGGUGAGGCUCCGUAUGCCCCGCUGAAUCUCCUGGCUGAUUUUGGUGGUGGUGGCCUCAUGUGCACACUGGGCAUCCUGAUGGCGCUGUUUGAACGCACGCGCUCCGGCAAAGGUCAGGUCAUUGAUGCAAACAUGGUGGAAGGAACAGCAUAUCUAGGUUCUUUUCUGUGGAAAACCCAACAAACAGGACUGUGGGAACAGCCUCGUGGACAGAACAUGUUAGAUGGUGGAGCGCCUUUCUACACAACCUACAGGACGGCGGAUGGGGGGUUCAUGGCUGUUGGAGCAUUAGAGCCCCAGUUCUAUGAGCUGCUGCUCAAGGGACUUGGGCUAAAGUCUGAUGAACUUCCCAGUCAGAUGAGCAUAACUGAUUGGCCAGAAAUGAAGAAGAAAUUUGCAGAUAUAUUUGCAAAGAAGACAAAGGCAGAGUGGUGUCAGAUCUUUGACGGCACAGAUGCCUGCGUGACUCCUGUUUUGACUUUUGAAGAGGUCACCCACUGUGGUCACCACAGAGAUCGGGGCUCAUUUAUUAUUGAUAGGGAGCAGGGUGUAAGUCCCCGCCCUGCACCCCAGCUGUCCAACACCCCAGCUGUCCCUUCGUCCAAAAGGGAUCCUUUUGUAGGAGAACACACUGAAGAGAUACUCAAAGAGUUUGGCUUCAGCCAGGAAGAGAUCAGUCAGCUUAAGUCAGAGAAAAUCAUUGAAAGUAAUAAACCAAGAGCUAAUCUCUAAGUUCUAAGCGCCACAACUCAAACGAAUUUGAAUAUUGCAUUUACACUAUAGAAUAAUACAAAAAAUUAUAUGCAUGGAAACAUGAAAAAGCAAUAUCACAGUGGUCCAACUAUUCUAAUCAGGAAACAAGGCUGAUUAUAGAGUGAUGAUUGAAUUCUGAAAACAGUUAACAUCAUGGCUUUUGACUUAGGAAUAUUUUUAGUUUGCCUAUACUAAAUUGUGGCAGUUUUUCUGCCUUCCAAUUUACUUGAUUGGUUAUAUUUGUUGAUUUAAAAUAUUUAUAUAUUUAUAAUAUACUUUAAGUGAAUUAAUAUAAUGCUUUUUAUUAAAUAAAGCUUUUUUCCCCCUAAAGUUUACUCAUGCUUUUAAGUUUGUGAAAAACUUUCAAGAAAGUUCUUUAAAUGGCACUAAAAUCGCCUUUUGUUACUCCUUGAAAUAUUUUAGUCUCUACUGUUAACCAGAAUGAAUGUCCUUAGAUAGAAAAGUCUGAUCCUUUUAAUUUGGUAAGGAAGUCAUUCAGCCAGUGUCUUGGAACUGGAAUUUUAGAAAAUGUCCUUGAGGUUUCCUUCAGAUAAUUGCCACCUCUCCAUCGAGACCUGCUCCUGUGUGUAGCUGCCUGUUGGUAUCAUCCAAAUGUGUCUCUUUAUCAGUAAACUCCACCAUCAUGCAUUUGAAAGUGUUACUAGACUUUUCCUCCUCUUACCAGUCUCCAGCUUCCACUCCUGUGUAAUAAAGUGAAGCCCUCUGCCCCCAGUAGGCCCCCACGGCUUACGCCUCACCUCAUUCGGCCACUGUUCACAUGUCCCUUACGGAGAGUCCUUUCCUGACCCCUGUCCAGGAUGGCAGCUGCCUUGUCACUCGCUCUCCCCUCACCCUAUUUUAUUUUCCUUCACACUGUGUAUCACUGCUGACAUGCUGACUGACCCCAGCCCUCACUCCUUAACCAGUGCAGGCUAGAGCAGAAGCUUUAUGAAGGACUUUGUAGGUUUCACUGCUAGGUUUCGUUGCUAAGUCCCCAGUUCCUAGAGUAGUGCCUGGCCCAUGACUGGAAACUUUGUGAAUAUUUAUUAAAGGACUGAAACUCAA